AACGGUGGAAACUCAAAGAAAACUUUAGUGCGGUCAGUCUAAGCCUGAAACGCGUUAGGUACCGUUUUGUGGUAUUUUACAUUUAGCGUUAACCACAAUGGCGAAUACAUCAAGUACCGGCGUUGUGGUGCCACGAAAUUUCCGCUUACUGGAGGAGCUGGAUCAGGGCCAGAAGGGCGUGGGCGAUGGCACCAUAUCGUGGGGAUUGGAGAACGACGACGACAUGACGCUCACCUACUGGAUCGGCAUGAUCAUCGGUCCGCCUAGAACACCAUUCGAGAAUCGAAUGUAUUCACUAAAGAUUGAGUGCGGCGAACGUUAUCCGGAUGAGCCACCGACGCUCAGGUUUUUAACUAAAGUAAACAUUAACUGCAUUAAUCAGAACAAUGGCGUGGUUGAUCAUAGAUCAGUGCAGAUGCUGGCCAGAUGGAGUCGCGAAUACACUAUAAAAACGAUGCUGCAGGAAAUCCGUAGGAUUAUGACCAUGAAAGAGAACCUGAAGCUGGCACAGCCGCCAGAAGGAAGCUGUUUUUAGUCGACAACAUCCGUUAGCAACACCAGCAGCAGCUGCAGCAGCAACGAUUGCAACUACAACGGGAGGAGCAUUCACACCCAAUAAUAGCAGGAAAACCCCAUCAGUCCAACAAGUCCAAGACCAAGAAACUGUCCACAAUCGUGUGACAGAGAUUGUGUGGCGGCUGCUCCUUUGAGUUGCAUUCGGCGGCAGCGAAUGAUUAUACUGAACGUAAUAAAGAUCGAGUGCGGUUAUUGUGGCAAGAACAACAACCAAAUGCAAGCUAUACUAUAAGUAAAGGGAACAGCAGCGAAAAAUGCGAUAGAAGCGUCACUAUGAAAAGGUCGUCGUCGUCCCUUCCGUCAUGAACUAUGUCAUCGUGUUUCGUUACUUUACUUCUACUUCAGUCCCAACAAAAUAAUAAAAACAAAACUUCUUAAAUAAGAAAUAAAACAAGUAAAUGCCUAUGAGAAAGAUGCGAAAAAUCAUAUAAUUUGAACUCAACAAACGAAAUCCGUAAACUAAUCGAAAAGUAAAAGUAAAGAAUGAAAAUGAUAAAGUUUAAACAAAGAUCACAGCCGCGUUUUUUCAAAUGAGAAGCGUAAUUAUUGUUUUUUGCCUAUACUAAAAAAUUUAUUAAUUAUAUACAUAAAGCAAAAUAUAUAUAUUAAUUUAAAUAAAACAACAUGUCGAACAGAUUUUUUGUAGACAGCGCGCCAGUACGCAAGAUUUUUUAUUAAAGAAGCAACUUUAGUUGA